AUGUAGUUAUCUUAUCUCAUUUUAGGGCUAGUGAAGCAUUCAAAUGCAGUUUUAAAUUAUAACACCAUUCAGACUAUAAAUAAUCUAUCGUUAAUUUAAUUUCAUAAGAUGGUAUCAUUUGCAAUAUUUUUAAUGAAUGUUAAAAUUAAUAAAAAGAAUUUAAUUAAUAUUUAAUAUAGCUAUUGACUAAUCAAUAUGAAUUAAUUGAAUUAUUGAAAAAGAUCAAUACUGAAUUUGAAAAAAACAACUUAAUUAAAUUAAGAAGAAUUGAAGUUUUUACUUUAAUAAUGAUGAUGUUCUUCAAUUUGAUAAGGAGAUAGUACAAAUGUGGUCGUUUUUACAUAAUUAAUAUGGAAGAAUUAAAAAAUUUGAAUUCAAAAGGAGUGACAGAAGAAAAAUUAAAAUGCAUAACAAAUUAUAUUAAAUUAUUUUUUUUAAAUAGACAAUUAAUUUCAUAAGAAGAUAUUCAAUUUGUAAGAAAUUGUGUAAGUGAAGAAGAAUACUUAAAAAAAAUUGAAUUUUUUAACUCAAACAAACCAAUAAAUUUUAGAUUUACUAGAUAGAGAAAUGAAAAUCAAUUAUUCUCAACAGUAGUUGAUUUUGCGAAUUAAAACAUAGGAGGUUAAGCUUUGUGUUAUAAAAGCUGUACUUAAGAAGAUGUAUUAAAGAAUAAUAAUUAAUUUAGAUAUUAAUGCUUAUGUUUCCAGAAGCUUUAAUUUGUAUGUUAUUUGUAGAACCAAUGAAAUCUAAUGAAUCUGUUUUAAUAUAAAACCUUAUAAAGUAUAAUAAUUAUAUGGGAUAUGAAUCGACAUUCAAACAUUUAGACUUAUAAAAAUUAAAUACAGAGCAGAGAUAUAAUUUAUUAGUAAAAAGCCAAUAUAAUAAUUUUUAUAGGCUAUUGAUGCUGAGGAAUUUUUUGAUUAUGAAGAUUAGUUUAGUCAAAAAAAUAUAAAUAGAGAACUUGUUAAAUGUUAUUCAGGAUUUUAAAUUGCAUUAUUAAGAGAACCAAAAUAUGCAAUUUCAACAGGAAAGUGGGGUUGUGGUAUAUUUAGAGGAAAUCCAUAUUUAAAAACUCUAAUAUAAUUAGUUUGUUAUGGUUAAGUAAAUUCUUUAAGUGAUUUAUAAACAAAUGAGAUAAUAUUUAAUGUAAGUAGUGACAUUAAUCUUUUUAAUUUUGGUUAGGAAUUGUAGAAAAGAAAAGAUUAUAUAACUUUGACAAAUUUAAAUUUAAUAUUGAAUACAAUAAAAAAUAAUAAAUUUAAAAGUAACGAAGAAUUGAUGUCAAAAAUAUUAAGUCAAUUAUAAAAAAAAUAAAAGAGAUAAACAAUGAGAAAUGCAUUAUUAGGGUGUGCUUUAAUAAGUUUAGCUAGUCUAUUAUGGAAUUGGCAGAAGAAUUGA